CUUGUCAUUGUCAGUGAAAUUCUUACUGACAUUGAUUUAUGAUUAUCAUUUCAAACAGUACAUUUUUGUUUAGAAAAUAUAUUUGGAGUUUCUAAUGCAUUUAUUGUGAAAAAUGAGUGAUUUUGCUAAUGCGACGGAGGCUGCAUCGCUAGCUGUCCAAUUUGAUCAGGCUGGACAGACGGAUAAAGCUGUGGAAUGCUAUCGAACGGCAGCGAGACUAUUAGAUAGGAUUCGAGAUCGUUUCCCUCCAGAAAAGCAAGAAGAUGUGAGGAAUAAGGUGCAGGAGUAUCUAGAACGGGCCACACUAUUGAUAGAACAACAAGAUAGAGCACAGCAAGCAGAAUGUGAGCGAGCCAUGCAACAAUGUUACUUUCUCAUGCAACAAGCUCUAGAUGCAGAUGAAGCUAAUCUCAAAGAUAAUGCAUUAAAAUUAUACACACAAGCUGUGGAAUUAGCAGUUUCUGUAAAAUCAAGUGAUCCUGAAAUACAGACAAAGAUAAAAAACUUAGCAGGACAAGCACUGGAUAGGGCUGAGGAGUUGAAAGGUAUAAAGCGGAUUGGAUCUCUUUCUAUUAAUGAACCAAGAAAGCCAGUUGUGUCCCCUGUCAGACCUGUACUACAAAGGGACCAAAGCAUACAUUUAAAAGUAAGUGGAAAGCAAGUAACAUAUUCCGAAGAAGAAAAAGAGGUUUUACGUACAACUUCGAAUAUAAAUAACAACUGUUUCCUUCCGUUUAUGGAUGUGGAUUUGUCAGAGAGGUUUCAGUAUGCUAUACCGUUUGAGGAUAGAGCCAGCGAAUUGAAGUUGUCUUCUAAGCAGGAGAGAGAAUUUGAUACCUGGGUGAGACCUCAUGAAAUAUGUGCUGACCCUAAGAUGGUUGUUGGAGAUCAUGUUGACUGUUUUAGUAUUAAGCAAACUAUUGUAUCAGACUGCUCAUUUGUUGCCUCUUUAGCAGUGAGUGCGUUGUACGAAAAGAGGUUUAACAAGAAGAUCAUAACGUCCAUUAUUUACCCUAAGAAUAAGAGCAAGUCGCCCAUCUAUAAUCCUUUUGGAAAAUACAUGGUCAAGUUGCAUUUGAAUGGUGUUCGGAGAAAGGUGAUUAUAGAUGACAGGUUGCCGUACAGUAGACACGGGCGGCUUUUGUGUUCGUAUUCUAGCAAUAAGAACGAAUUCUGGGUCUCUUUGUUGGAGAAAGCGUAUAUGAAAGUAAUGGGCGGAUAUGACUUUCCUGGCUCGAACAGUAACAUAGAUCUUCAUGCCUUGACGGGGUGGAUACCAGAGCGUGCUGCUAUAAGGAAUGGAGAGGCUGAUUUCAACGCAGAUGCCUUAUAUGAGAAGAUUAGGACGCGGCUGGAGAAAGGGGAUGUUCUAGUAACGGUCGCCACGGGACCUCUGUCUGAUGCUGAAGCGGAGAGAACUGGACUCGUGGCUACACACGCGUAUGCUGUACUGGAUGUUAGGUUAGCUAAUGGCGUAAAACUCCUGAAAUUAAAGAACCCAUGGUCCCAUCUUCGUUGGCGGGGCAAUUAUUCGGAAUUAGAUCUUGCGCACUGGACGCCAUCUCUCCGUGGGCUCUUGAACUACGACCCCGAUAGUGCGGCCCAGUACGAUAAUGGCGUCUUUUGGAUCGAUUACGCCAGUAUAUUAAAUUUCUUCGAUGUUUUCUACCUCAAUUGGAAUCCGGAAAUGUUCCAGUACACUUAUUGUAUACAUCAAAAAUGGGACGCCGGUACAGGUCCAGCAAAAGACGCAUAUAAUAUUGGCGAGAAUCCACAAUUCUCUCUACACGUGCAAGGCAAAGGCGCCGUUUGGUUACUCCUCACAAGACAUAUUACACAGAUUGACGAUUUCAGAGACAAUAAGGAGUAUAUUACGUUGCUAGUCUACAAGAACGGAAGGAGGGUUUAUUAUCCUUACGAUCCUGAACCUUAUAAGGACGGGAUAAGGAUCAACAGUCCCCAUUACCUCUGCGAACUGAUUAUCGGCGAAGGCAGUGCGGACAAAUAUACACUGGUAGUGUCUCAGUACGAGAAGAGUAAAACUAUAUUCUACACUCUACGGGCGUACGCAACCUGUCCAUUUUCUCUGAGCAAGCUGGAGCCUUAUCCAUAUAAGAAGACUCUCAAAGGCGAAUGGACAGCGCGCACAGCCGGAGGGUGUGAGAAUCACCGCGCGACGUACCCAAAUAACCCGAAAUUCAUCAUCACAGUUCCAGACUCCAGGACUCCUUGUCACAUAGUUAUUGAGCUUAAAGGACCAAAGCAGUACCAAAUGGGAGUAGACGCAAGGGUCGAGUCUUUAGACGACCCUACGGUCACGGCGCCAUUCUUAAAGGAAUCUUCUGGACCUUAUAGGGCUGGUUUCGUGGUCCUAGAGCUACGCAGUUUACCGGCUGGCCGGUACAUCCUAACUCCAUCGACAUUCUACCCAGGACAAGAAGGCCCAUUCUUCCUAGAACUAAGGUCAACUUGUCCAAUCACAUGCGAGGGGCGCAACUAGCGAGCGAGCAGGAUGAAAGAAGAUGAAUACAGGUUUUAAAACGGCUUUUAUAUCGAUUACUUUGUGAAUUGGAUUGUUAGUUAGACGUUGAUAUUUUUAACAAAUGAAUUUUAAAUUUCGAUUUCAAUCUAUUAAUGUUGAUCGUCGAUUGGAGGCGGAUAUCGAUUUGAAUCUAUUAAAGCUGGACGUCGAUUGAAGUUAAGAAUCGACUAUAAUCGACUAGAGUAGAACAUCGAUUUGAAUCGAUUAAAGUUAAUCGACGUCAAUUGUAUUUGAAAAUCAAUUUCAACGAGAUUUAAAUCGAUAUUUAGUCGAUGACAAUUAAACAUUUUGAUCGAGGCUUAUUGACUAAAAUCAAAUAUCAAUUAAAAAAAUAAAUCAAUAGGUAUCAGUGGCAAUCGAACCGAUGAAUAUCAAUUGAAAUCAAAAAGUCGAAGUCUGCGGGCGGACAGACAGGACUCUCGAACACGUCGUGCCCACCCACACGAGCGGUACUUGCCAUUCACGCACACACACGGUCGCAUAUUCUAAUUUUAUUU